AUGGCUCUUUUUUCGGUAGAGGAACGACCGGAUGCGGUUGAGUUGAUUCCAGAAAAGGCGAAUCACUCCAGUCCCACUCCUUUCCAGUACGCUUUUUGCACCACACUGGCUCGCCAGAGAAAGCAUACGGGCGAGCUUUCUCCUACAGCAGAUGGCUACGAUAGCGAAAAGGCCAAAAGCAUCUAUCGGUCUGUGGUUAUUAUUAGCCUUUCGGUCGUACUGGGCUAUUUCAGCUCAAUGAUUAUACUUUCUGUAAGAGGAGCUUUCAGCCUCAAUAUAGAGCCAUUUUAUUUGACUCUGUUCGCAGGAUUGUUCGCAAAUGUAGCGUUCUCUGUUAAUUUUUUCGUCUACUACGGUAUAAGCAAGGAAUAUCGAGGCAUAUUCGACAGUCUCCUUGGGAUCGGUCAUCUGAAAGCUUUACUGGGCAGAGCUAAACCCGGAGGUGUUCAGCUAAAGGAUUUCUUGCCGAGUCGAUCACCUAACCGAAUCACAACCACCCAUGCAAGCUAA